AUGAGUGGUCGGCGACUCGCCGCUGGCGCCCUCGGGCCGCUGGCUCGUCGCGGGUUGGCCCAAAAUACCGUCCGCCAUUAUCACCACCAGCGGAUGCCCGUUGGUGGACUGCAAAGGAUCGAUGCCACGCCCGUCCGUGCCGCCCGGCGGCGUGUGGGCUUCCCCGUCAACGGCUACCACAAUGCCGUCAUGGUCCGCAAUGCGUCGUUUGCCCGGCUCAUCCCGCGGAUCGUGCUCAAGUUUGCCCGCAUUCCGGCGACGUUUGGCGGACUGAUGAUUGGCGCCGCAGCUUGGGUGCAGUACCAGGCCAUUCAGGUCGGCAACUCGGCCUAUGACGUAUUCAAAAGCACACGAGACACCGUCACUGGUGCGGCGGCCAACUUCUGGGACGGCGCCGUGGACGUUGCCGGCCAGACGAAACAGGGCUGGGCCAACACCAAGGAGCAGCUAGGCGUGAACGAGUUCUGGGACAAGAUCAUGCACAUCCACGAAGGAAUUGGCAGCGGCGGCAGCGGCGGCAGCGGGGGCCCGGGUGGCGACAAGGAGCCCAACGGUGGCAAGGGUGCAGCGGCAGCGGCGGCCACGGGCGCGGCGGCGUACGGCUAUGGCAGCUCGGAGAGCGACGAGAGCGACGAGGACGCGAAGCGCGAUCGCGGCACCGAGAACGCGCGCAACGACCAGAUGAUGGUCUUCACCAAGAAGAUGAUUGAGAUCCGCAACAUCCUGCAGAAGGUCGGCCAGUCGAGCACGCUGACGCUGCCGUCCAUUGUCGUGAUCGGCUCGCAGUCGUCGGGCAAGAGCUCGGUGCUCGAGGCCAUUGUCGGCCACGAGUUCCUGCCCAAGGGCUCCAACAUGGUCACGCGGCGGCCCAUUGAGCUGACGCUCGUCAACACGCCCGACUCCAAGGCCGAGUACGGCGAGUUCCCCGAUCUUGGCCUGCGCAAGAUCAGCGACUUCACGUCCAUCCAGCGCACGCUGACCGAGCUGAACCUGGCCGUGCCCGACUCCGAAUGCGUCUCCGACGACCCCAUCCACCUGACCAUCUACUCGCCCAACGUGCCCGACCUGUCCCUCAUCGACCUUCCGGGGUACAUCCAAGUUGUCGGCCACAACCAGCCGCUCGAGCUCAAGCAGAAGAUCUCCGAGCUCUGCGACAAGUACAUCCAGCCGCCCAACGUCAUCCUGGCCAUCUCUGCAGCCGACGUCGACCUGGCCAACUCAACCGCGCUGCGCGCCAGCCGCCGCGUCGACCCUCGCGGUGAGCGCACCAUUGGUGUUGUGACCAAGAUGGACCUGGUCGACGCCACGCGGGGAUCGUCGAUCCUGCAGGACAAGCAGUACCCGCUGCGGCUUGGCUACGUGGGUGUUGUGGCGCGGGCGCCGCAGUCGAUUGGCGGUCUGUUCAAGAAGGGCAGCAGCAGCGGCGACGGCAGCGCGCUGAUGAACCUCAUCUCCAAGAACGAGGACUCGUACUUUUCCGCGCACCCGCUCGAGUUCGGCCCGGCCGCGGACGUGUCUGUCGGCACCUCGACGCUGCGCAAGAAGCUGAUGAGCGUGCUGGAGCAGACCAUGUCGGCCAGCCUGCAGGGCACGACGGACGCGAUCCGCCAGGAGCUCGAGGAGGCGACGUACGAGUUCAAGGUCCAGUACAACGACCGGCCGCUGUCGGCGGAGUCGUACCUGGCCGAGAGCCUGGACGCGUUCAAGCACUCGUUCAAGCAGUUUGCCGAGGAGUUUGGGCGCCCCCAGAUGCUGCAGCUGCUGAAGCGCGAGCUGGACCAGCGCGUGCUCGACCUGCUGGCCCAGCGCUACUGGAACAAGCCCAUCACCGACCUGUCGGCCGCCGUGCCGGAGCCGGACGCCCUGGCCGACCUGCCCAAGGCCGACCCGGACUCGCUGUACUGGCAUCGCCAGCUGGACGCGUCGACGUCGCAGCUCACGAAGCUGGGCAUCGGCCGCCUGGCCACAAACGUCGUCGCCACCAACCUGCAGGCCGGCGUCGACAAGCUGAUUGCGCAGUCCAACUUUGUCAACCACCCCUUUGCGCGCCAGGCCAUUGUCGAGGCGGCGUCGAGCAUUCUGAACGACCGCUUCUACAGCACCAGCGACCAGGUGGAGAACUGCAUCAAGCCGUACAAGUUUGAGAUUGAGCUCGAGCCGCGCGAGUGGGACGCCGGCCGCGACCACUCGGCCGGCGUGCUCAAGGACGAGCUGACCGCGUGCCAGGACGCGCUGAAGAAGCUCGAGAGCAGCGUGGGCGGCCGCCGCAAGCUCAACGAAGUCAUCAACUUUGUCGACAAGGCGCGCCGCGGCGACGUUGUCGUCGAAGGCGAGGGCCGCAGUGGCGCCGGCGGCUUUAGUGCUGCUCUUUUGCAGAGAGGCCGCGAAGCUGUCUUCCUCCGCGACCGCGCCGACAUCAUCAACAUGCGCCUGCUGGCUGCCAAGUCCAAGCAGUGCCGUGCCAUGCAGAACAAGUACUACUGCCCCGAGGUCUUCCUCGACGCCGUUGCCACCAAGCUCGCCGGCACCGCCGUUCUCUUCCUCAAUGUCGAGCUGCUGUCCGAGUUCUACUACAACUUUCCGCGCGAGCUCGACCAGCGCCUCGGCCGCCACCUGACCAACGACGAGAUUGAGCGCUUUGCCAAGGAGGACCCCCGGAUCCGCCGCCACCUCGAGGUGAUUCGCCGCAAGGAGCUGCUGGAGCUGGUCCUCGAGAAGAUGGAGAGCCUGCGGCAGCUGGACGGCCGCGAGAAGUCCCGGCGCGGCAGCAACCUGAGCGGCAGCGGGGCCGGCCACGGCGACAAGAGCAAGUCGGGCAGCCGCUGGGGGCUGUUUUGA